AGUCCUUUUCAAAAAUUACUUUAAAGGGCAAGCCCGGGUUUGUGACCUUGAUACGAUAGUUAUUAUUAUCUGCUGCACUAAUUCACACACGCAUUGUAGGACUAUUAUUAUACCGCGUCCUCGCGCAGACUAUAAUAAUACCAUCAUUAGUCAGUUUGUGUUUUUGCGGACGUUUCUCUGAAAGCGAUUAAUCAUCGAUAUUCCAGUUUGGACUUUGAACAAGGUCCACACCACAGCUCUUUACCAGACCAAACCAGUGGCUUCUACCAUUAGCAAACUGUUAAAGCAAGCCACAGACAACACGAAAUCUCGGAUCAAAAGCCAUGCCAGUUUACUUCCGUAAACAAUAGGGAAUCAGAUUUUACCAGCAUGCUAGGCCCGGAUAGUGGUUGUUUCUCAACGGGCCGUGAGCAGCAACGAAAGAGCGUGCUCUAGUCUUCUCUGACAUCGUCGGUUGAUAUUAGUAGGAAACAACACUGUAUUGUUAUAAACCGAAAUACUUGCUACUAAUAAAAGUUGGAUAUUAGAGGUUUCUUUUAAAGCUGUGAAGCCAAAUGCCGUUGUUGUGUUCGGCACAUGGUUGCAAGUACCACAAUGAGCACGUUGCAAAGGAGAAAGGAGUAACGUUUCAUCGCUUUCCGCAUAGUGAUGCUAACAGGUUGUGGAUAUGGGUAGUGAAUAUGAAGAUGGGCAAAUGGAUGCCUAAAGCAAGAUCACUAAUCUGUUCAAGGCAUUUCACCAAGGACUGCUUCGAGAAAUCUCAACAAAAAGUUCGCCUCAAGCCCACUGCUAUACCUACAAUUUUCACUUUUCCUAAAGAUGUAAUACAGACUCCGUGCAUGAAGCCCUCUAUAGAUGACAUGCCAAAACCAAACAAGUUUCAGUCCGCCUGCCUAGCAGCCCACAACACCAUACGAGAGGACUAUGAUUUCCCGAAGCUGAACUGGUCUGAAGACGCCGCCUCUUCUGCUAUGGCCUGGGCAAAGACAUUGGCCAAUAAGGGGUAUCUACAACACAGUGAAAAUAGAGUACACGGUGAGAAUAUUUUUAUAACCGAGGAGAAUGAGAAGGUGUCUGGCAGUCAUGUGGUAGGCAAGUGGCUGGAGGAGUCCAAAGCUUACAAGUUUAGGUACCCUAUGUGGCAACGCAAUACAAGUCGUUUUACUCAAAUGGUUUGGAAAACGUCAACCGAAUUCGGAGUAGCAAAGGCCAGGAUGAGGAACAAAAAUAAAUACGUAGUUGUUGCGCACUAUAAGCCUAUAGGUAACGGAAACAUGCCAGGGGAAUACAAAAAGAAUGUUCCAAGCCAUAAAACGAAAACCUCGUUGCAAAUUAAACAAGACCCAGAAUCAGACCCUGAGUCAGAGCCAGAACCCGAAAAGGAAAGACAAGUCACCCCUUCAAAAAGGAAAGCUGAGGAGAUAGUAAGAAACGCCACUCAUCAAGAAGAACAUUUUCAACACGUUCCUGAUGAAAUUGCGGAAGAUGUUGUACAAAAAGUAAGUAAGGUUGUUAAGACUACGCCGAUAUGGGACGCGUCCGAAUACAGUGACGGUAUAAUACAUACGCACGAAGAUGAAAGACACAAUGGCAACGAUGGCCACACGUUGAAUGGAUUAAGCGAUAUGCAAAUGGUUCAGUUAGAUGAUAGUCCGAAUGAUAACGAUAACCACGAAGACAAGGAAGUCGUUGAAGAGGACGUUGUGGGCCAGGUACUCAAGGAACCUGGACCAAUAGGCCAACAUCUGAAAUUCAUGAAUGACGAAACGCCGCAGUACGAAGACAAAGAGGCUGACCAAGUUGAUGAUCAAGAAUUUAUAUCUUCAAACCAGGGUAACAGAAAUGUAGUAGCGGGCGAAUAUUUAGAAGAAAGUGGAAUCACUUCUAUCGAUGACGCUGGUAAAAAUGGCAUAGUCCUGAAUCGAGAAUAUUCUGAUGAUGAGGACACUGAAGUUUGAAAUUUUAAGGCCCAAAAUGUUCCAUUAAGUGCCGCGGCACAUAAUGGGAGGCUUUAGUGCAUGCGCUUACUCAGAGCGGCGCUUAGGCCUAUUACAAAUUAAUGUAGUGCUAAAUUAGUUACUAUGUAUUUGUAGGCCUACGUCAUAGAAAGCUAAAUUAUUUCAUCGUAAUAUUAUACGAAACAUAACAAAACGCUGGGUAGGCCUAUGAGCGUCCACACCACGACGUAAUAAUUUAAAAAUAUAGAAUAUCAGUGUUAAUAAACGCCGCAUCAACGCUUAGCGAAAUAAAAUACGGUUAUAAGUUGCGUUGCUUAUUCGAGUCUCGAGAGCGCCACUUGUUUGAAAGGCACUUAGUGGAACAUUUAAGGUAUUGUACCGCUUGUUAAAUGGAAAUAAGGUAGCUACGACCUAGCUAGAAUUCUGAAUCUGUCAUGCUUUUAAUUUGAAAAGAGAACAUUAAUUAUAGAGAUACUCUAUAACAAUGUGUAUAGAGAGACUAUUAAUCUAUGACAAUUAUGUGAUAUACAAAAACCAAUAAGUGGGAAUAGUUAGACUAGCGUUUUAAUUAUAGCAUAUCGGCAGCUAAAGUAACAUAGGGGGUAAAUAAAGUCCUUAUCGUGUCUACCCACCAUGGCUGAAAAUGUUCAAUGUUCAAAACAUUUACCUCUAUGCUCAAGAGAGUGUGCCAGUGUGAUUUCAUUAAUCUGCAUUUCAUGUGUUUAUUGGCCUAUAGUAAAACGGUAGUUGGGUAAUAUAUUAGUUGUGUAACCUAGCUGUGUAGCCUACUUAAUGUGAGUUUAUUGAAACUGAAUAUUGACACUUUCACUACCGUUCUUCUAUGCAUUACAUCUUCAUUCUUUACAAUUUCAUUCUCAGUAUGUGAAUAUUUAUGUUUUAAAAACAGUGAAUAUAAAGUGUAGUGGCCUUAGAACACCAUAAGAAAUGACAACAGCCCAACAGCACUUUUAAGAUUAACUUGUAAAAAUGUAUUCUCUAGCUUUCGUCCACCAAGUGGACUUCAUCAGUUUUCUUAUAAUGUUUUAAAAAAGUAGUUAUGUUUUAAUCACCGAUACCUUCAAUAGAAAAAUAAUGAUAUUAAAAUGGUUUGUUGAAGUUUUAA